AUGGGCGGGCACUCUUCUCUUCAAGUCUAGAGAAGAAGUUGCUUAAGGCAGGCUGCUGUGUGGAAUAGUAGUUUUUUGAUGAGCAGCCGCCAGCAUGAACACGCUAAGUCAACACUUCGACGAGAAAGUGCGUCCCUGCAUUGAUCUGAUAGACUCGCUCCGCUCUCUGGGAGUGGAGCAGGACCUGGCGCUGCCCGCUAUCGCCGUCAUCGGAGACCAAAGCUCGGGGAAGAGCUCUGUGCUGGAGGCGCUCUCCGGAGUGGCGCUGCCGAGAGGAAAGGGAAUUGUGACAAGAUGUCCCCUUGAAUUGAAGAUGAAGCGAAAGAAAGCUGGAGGAGAGUGGUAUGGAAAAAUUAAAUAUCGGGAUCACGAAGAAGAAUUAGAAGAUCCAGCAGUUGUUGGGGAGAAGAUUGUGGAAGCUCAGAACAUUCUCGCUGGUGAAGGGGUGGACAUUAGUGAAGAUCUCAUUACUUUGGAGAUUGCUUCUCCUGAUGUUCCAGACCUCACACUGAUCGACCUCCCUGGAAUCACCCGUGUGGCUGUCCAGGGCCAAAGAGAGGACAUCGGAGAAACUAUAAAAAGACUCAUCUGGCGGUUCAUCAAAAAACAAGAGACAAUCAGUUUGGUGGUUGUCCCUUGUAAUGUGGACAUAGCCACGACAGAGGCUUUGAAGAUGGCCCAGGAAGUGGAUCCUGAUGGAGAAAGGACUUUGGGUAUUUUGACUAAACCAGAUCUGGUGGACAAAGGCACAGAGGAGACAGUGGUGGACAUAGUACAUAAUGAGGUCAUCCAUUUAACAAAAGGGUUUAUGAUCGUCAGGUGCCGAGGUCAGAAGGAGAUCACAGACAAUGUAUCUCUGCCAGAUGCCAUACGAAAGGAGGAGGUCUUCUUUAGGGACCAUGCUUUUUUUCAUACUCUAUACAAGGAAGGGUUUGCUACAGUCCCCAGGCUGGCAGAGAAGCUUACCUUGGAGCUGGUGUGUCAUAUUGAGAGGUCUCUUCCUCGACUUGAACAACAAAUAGAAGAGAAACUGAAGGAAACACAGGUGGAGUUGGAGAAAUACGGUACUGGACCUCCAUCUGAUGCAGGAGAGAGGCUCAUCUUUCUUAUAGAUAAAGUAACAGCGUUCACUCAAGAUGCCCUCAGUUUAACCACUGGAGAUGAACUUAAGUGUGGAGACAAGCUCAAUGUCUUUUCUACACUCAGGAAAGACUUUGCCAAAUGGAAAGCUGUUUUGGACAGAUCAGGGAAUCACUUUAAUGAGAAAAUUCAGAAAGAGGUGGAAAUCUAUGAAGAUAUGUAUCGGGGGAAGGAGCUGCCCGGUUUUAUUAACUAUAAAACCUUCGAAGCCAUGGUAAAGGAACAGAUCAAGCAGUUGGAGGAACCUGCUAUCAAAAGGCUCAAGGAGGCAGGAGAUUCUGUUCGGAAGGUGUUCAUACAGUUGGCCCAAAGUAGCUUCACAGGAUUUCCAAACCUUCUGAAAACAGCCAAGAACCAUAUUGAAUCUAUUAGACAGGAGAAGGAGACCACUGCAGAGGACAUGCUGCGCACUCAGUUCAAAAUGGAGAUGAUAGUCUACACCCAGGAUAGGACCUACAGUGACAGUCUGAGUGAGAGAAAGCGAGAAGAGGAUGAGGAGGAAGAAAGACGCCCAAAAUUCCACAAAAACAGGAGCAUUGUCUACUACAUGGACAACAAGGCAACUCUCCAAGAACUCAUGUUACACCUAAAAUCCUAUUACCAAAUUGCAAGCCAACGUCUAGCAGACCAGAUUCCGAUGGUCAUCCGUUACAAAAUGUUGCAGGAAUUGGCUGUGGAACUUCAGAGGCAGAUGCUGCAGAUGCUUCAAGACAAGGAACAAGUGGAGUUCUUGCUCAAAGAAGAUUAUGACAUCGGCACCAAACGAGCCGCUUUGCAAAGUCGUCACAAGCGCCUCUUGAAGGCCCGUGCAUAUUUAGUUAAGUUCUAGUUAUCACACAUUAUUUAUAUGAUAUACUGUAUAAUGAAGUCAGUACUGUCAGUCAUUCAGCCUCUGCCUACUUCACACAACUAAUUCAAUAUAUUCAUCCAUAACUACUGAAAAAAUGGGCAGGGUUAGAGUUUAUAAUGCCUUCACUAUGGUGUUGCUCAAGAAUGUUAAACUUUCACAUUUAAACCUGGUUAGCAAUACUGCCCCCUGGUGGUUAUUUUGUGAAAUUACAUAUUACUUAUAGACAGGUUCUCGAGCAAUAUUAGUAGGUUUGUAUGAAGCAAUCUGUAGGCAGAAAAUCUCAGAAAACAUAGAAGAAUGAAGUUUAUUCAAAAAACACAUAUAAAAAUAAAACACUUUACAGAACAUUUUCAUUCCCCAUUGUCAACAGGGCUCCCUUGACUAAUGUCAUCAUUGUCAGAUUUCUCAUCAUCUAAAAUACAAAAAGAUAUAUUAAGAAUUACAUAAACUAUAUUUUACAUUAGAUAAUCAGAUAAUUACUCACUUUCAAGAGUCUGCUGAAGUUCUUGUAUGGUGCUAAGAAGCACAUGAAACUGUUUUUUCCUCAACUCCAACUGAAAUAAUUGAAAAGAUCGAUUUAAUCUGACCGGAUGAGGUAAAAUAGUGUUGCUCAAAAAAUCUAAUAUAUAUAUACACACACAAUACCUUUGCAUCUACAUUUUCUUUAAUAUGAGACAGCUGCUGAAGCUCUUUGUCCAGUGCCUCCAACUGUCUGCAAAAAGGAUAAGUGUUACCAUAAAAAGAAUUACACACAUUUACUUCAUAAAAAAAACUUACUUUAAAGUUUCAUGUCUGUCUGGAUGUUGUUGUAUUACUUUAGCAAGAGCAUCAUAUUCUGUAAAACAAAAGUAUGGAUAUUACACUGCCAUAUAUACAUUAAAUGAGCACAUGGUGAAGUUUUAAGUUCAAGAAUUAUUUUCAAUUUUCGUGACAGUUUAGUUAAUCAGAUGGGAGACAUGUUGUUGGCAGAAACUGUAUGUGAAUAAGUAGUAAGUAAACGUUGCUACCUUGUCGAUUCUUUCGGAUUCUUUUGGCUCUUUGGAUUUCUUUUUUGCAUUCAGCUAUUUUCUCAUGUGCAGAUGUGAUGUUUUGCUCUACAAAUAAACAAAGAAUAUAAAUGA